UUAAUUUUUUAUUAUUCACAGGCUGUCACAUCCAACUUGUGUACAACUUUGCUGCUUAUAAUGAUAUUAGUAAAGUUAGGUAGCUUCAUGUUCUAUCGCGAUAUAGUGUUUGACUUGAUACGUUUUGCUGAAAAAAAUUUUUGGAGUACCACCUAUGAUGAAUUUGGUGCUCAAGUCCUGGAAACAUACGAUAAAUUAGGAAUGACUAUGGUUUACAUUUUCACAUUUAUCGUCUACAUCGCAACAUUCAAUUACAUCUUCGCACCUUUCUUUGAAAUCCAAGAAACGAAUGUAACGAAGAAAAUACUACCGUUUAAAUUGUGGUUCGAUUUUCCGUAUCACUCACCGUAUUACGAAGUCACUUACACUAUACAGGUAAUAAAUUUUAAAUAA